GCCCUCAGCAGCCAGUAUGAGAAAAAAAUACAGGAACUUUUUGCAACCAUUCUCAAAUACGAAACAUUGGUGGAAGACAAAAAUUUAAAAAUCGCCCAGUUGUCGUCGUCUCGGCCCAUCUCUAUCCCUGGAUCCGUCAGUAUGGUCAGUGAUACUAGAGGAUCUCAGUCCCAUCCUUCAGCCAUUCCUACCACUAACGGUCAGCAACAAGGAAAUCCUAUGGAUGUCUACACAUUCAACAACCGCAACAACUCGAGCUCGUCCAGCGAGUCGCUCGGUACGUCGGCCCAGUUGCCAUUCAACACUCCUCCUCUCCGUACGCCUGUUACAAUGGAUGGAAAGGGCUAUUUCCCCACCACUAACCAGAAUGCACCGAUUAUCAAGGGCAGAGGAGGGUACCAAAAGCGAUCGAAAAAACAUAUGUAAAAUAGUGUAUAGUAAUGAGUAACGACUACUUCCGAUAUACUCGUAGGAGUCCGUAAUCACAACUUUGUGGACGUUUCGAUCGGCUGU